AUGCGCCUCCUGGUCCUCCGCUCCGCGUGGGGCCUACGCGGCCUGCGGGACGCGCCCGCUCGCACCCUCGCGGGCCUGCGCUCCGCGGGAUUCGACGGGCUGGAGGCGUCGCUUGAGGACCUCGGUGCGAGCGCUGAGGCCCGGGCAGAGGCUGUGCGCGCGGCGCGCGAUGAGGGCCUGUCGCUGAUCAUCUCCGCGUACUCGUCGUGGGCCAACUACGAGGGCCCAGCGACCGAGCAGCUCCUCAGUGCGCCGUCCGGCGCGAGCCCUCCCGCCGCCGCCGCCGCGUCGAUCCCGCUCCCCGCCUUUUCAGGCCCGCCGUCCGCCCACCUCGACCGGCUGACGCGCGAACUCGAGGCGAUUGCCGAGGCGAGCGUCGCCGCCGGGCCGCUCUCGCCGGUGCUGCGAGUCAACGCGCACUCUGGGUCCGACGCCUGGAGCGAGGACGAGGCUGCCGCCUUUCUCGCCUCCGCCGUCGAGGCCGCCUCGCGGAUCGGCGAGGCGCUGCCGCCGGUCAGCCACGAGACGCACCGCGGGCGCGCGCUCUGCUGCCCGUUUGCGACCGCGCGGCUGCUGCGCCGCGUGCCGCAGCUGCGCCUCACCUCGGACCUCUCCCACUGGGUGGUCAAGACGGAACGGAUGCUCGACACCGCGCCGGAGCAGGAGCUGCUGCUCGGCCGAGUGGCGCCCGCCGUCGACCACCUGCACGCGCGCGUCGGGACGCCGCAGGCGCCGCAGGUGGCGAGCCUCGCCGAGAGCGCCACCACCGCGCGCGCCGCGGAGCGCUUCUACGGCUGGUGGGAGGCGUGCUGGGCAGCGGCAGAGGCGCGAUCGCUCUCCUCGCGCGACUCGACGCUCACGGCGACCGUCGAGUACGGCCCGGCCGAGCUGGGGGAGGAUGGGCAGGUGCUGGCCGGGUCGUACUCGCCGCUCGACCUGCACGGGCGGCACGUGAGCGGGGUCGGCCUCGACGAUACGCUCGCGGCUGCGGCCGCGGCGCUGCGGAGCCGCUUCGAGCGGUGGCACGCGAACGCGGCGAGCAGGGUGGCGGUGCUGGCGUGA